CCACCACUUCCCCGCUCCGAGAGAUGCUUCUUCGGAUCAAAAGCGCCGGCUUCGGAUUAAAGAGACGUACGCUUUCUCUAGACGGUGUGAAGAAAAGAGAGAUGGACCGUUUGUACUCCGGUAUCUGAGAGCGGCGGCAGCGAGCGGCAGACCGCUGCGGUACAGAGGGUACGCUUGAAGAUACCCCACUAUUCUCCUGUGGAUCGUCACAACACACACUGAAAAAAAAUCCUGACCUGACCACCAAACGCUCUGCCUGCUUUGGCUCGUUUAUGUUAUCGUUCCGGAUUUUCCAUUCUUAAAAUCCCUCCCCUGCUCCCCGUCUUCCGGCCCGAGGCUGCGGGGUACUGCGUGGAGAAGGCUUUUCCGGAUCGGAUUCUGGGACGGGAUGGUGCCACAGCGGGCGAGGGAAGGCCGCUAGGAAGGGGAGACCGAGAGGGCCGGGUCGGCGCAGCGGACGUUUCCCGACGGGAGCCGCCGACAGGACGGGGAGCGCGGGACCGCGAGGGAGGACGGAGGCAGUCCGGGAGGAGAGAGGAGGAGGAGGAGGAGGGGGGAGGGGGGGGUCCGCACUCCCACGACAUCAUCCAUGGCCACCGACCCCGGAGAGCCCACGGGCACGGAGGACUCCUCCGAGAAGCCCGAUGGAGUGAGCGGAGCAGAGAAAGAGAGGGACCGGGGGAGAGAGGCGGACCCAGAGAGGGGCGUGGCGGCCCGUUGCGCACCUGCUCUCCCUCCCGCCUCCGCUGAGACGCCCGGCCAAGGCGGGAUGCAGAGCGGAGGGGUGGGAGGGGCUUCCUCCUCCUCCCCUCCGGCCAACCCCUCCGGUGGCAGGAGGGAGAACAAGCGCUUCUUCCGGAAGAGCGUGGAGAUCUGCGAGGAAGAGGACGAGGAGGAGCUGGCCGGGCAGAGGCCGUCUCCCAAGGGGGGCGGGGAAGGGGGCGGCGCUGGGGCGAACGGCACGGCCCCGCAGGGCCAGGACUCGGACAGCGUCUUCUCCACCGACGCCGCCCCCCCCGCCGCCCCCCUCGCCGGCGCGGCCCCCUCCACCGCCGGCCCCGCCGCCGACCCCUCCUCCGCCUCCCCGGCCCCCGGCGGGAGGGAGACCCCCCCGGCCCCGGCUGCCCCCCCCAGAGGGCGCACGGAGAAGGAGCAGGAGGAGGAGGCGGAAAUGAAGGCCGUGGCGACCUCCCCCGGCGGGCGGUUCCUCAAGUUCGACAUCGAGCUGGGCCGGGGGGCCUUCAAGACCGUCUACAAGGGCCUGGACACCGAGACCUGGGUGGAAGUGGCCUGGUGUGAGCUGCAGGACCGGAAGCUGACCAAGGCAGAGCAGCAGCGGUUUAAGGAGGAGGCAGAGAUGCUGAAGGGGCUGCAGCACCCCAACAUCGUGCGCUUCUACGACUCCUGGGAGUCCGCACUCAAGGGCAAGAAGUGCAUUGUCCUUGUCACCGAACUCAUGACCUCUGGCACCCUCAAAACGUACCUGAAGCGCUUCAAGGUGAUGAAGCCCAAGGUGCUGCGCAGCUGGUGCCGUCAGAUCCUGAAGGGCCUCCACUUCCUGCACACCAGGACCCCUCCCAUCAUCCACCGCGACCUGAAGUGCGACAACAUCUUCAUCACGGGCCCCACGGGCUCGGUGAAGAUCGGCGACCUCGGCCUUGCCACGCUCAUGCGCACCUCCUUCGCCAAGAGCGUCAUCGGUACCCCAGAGUUCAUGGCCCCGGAGAUGUACGAGGAGCACUAUGAUGAGUCUGUGGAUGUUUAUGCGUUUGGGAUGUGCAUGCUGGAGAUGGCCACGUCAGAGUAUCCCUACUCCGAGUGCCAGAACGCCGCUCAGAUCUACCGCAAAGUCACUAGCGGCAUUAAGCCCGCCAGCUUUGACAAGGUGAGCGACCCCGAGAUCAAGGAGAUCAUCGAGGGCUGCAUCCGCCAGAACAAGAGCCAGAGGCUGUCUAUAAAGGACCUGCUGACCCAUGCCUUCUUUGGGGAGGACACGGGCGUGCGGGUGGAGCUGGCGGAGGACGACGACGGGGUGAAGGAGUCCCUGGCCCUCAGGAUCUGGGUGGAGGACCCCAAGAAACUGAAGGGCAAGCACAAGGACAACGAGGCCAUUGAGUUCAGCUACGACCUGGAGAACGACGUGGCUGAGGAGGUGGCCCUGGAGAUGGUGAAGUCAGGCUUCUUUCACGAGAGCGACGCCAAGGUGGUGGGCAAGUCCAUCCGCGACCGGGUCACGCUCAUCAAGAAGUCCCGCGAGCGGCGGCAGCUGCUGCGGGGCUACGAGGAGAGGCGCGACUCCCAGCCCCUGUCCCUGGGGGGCGCCGUGCCCUCCUCCUCCUCCUCCCAGCCCGGCGGCCUCUCCUCCGCCGGCCUGCUGGCAGGGGUGCCGGGCGGCCCCGAGCCCGAGGAGCUGCCGGAGGUGGACCAGCACGUCAGGCUGCAGCAACUCCAGCUGCAGCUCCAGCAGGCCUCCCUGCCAGCCGCAGCUCCCCCUGCAGGGGAGGGGAUACUGGGGGAGAGCUGUGGGGGAGCCGCGGCGACCUCUGACCCCCUGGCUAGGAGCUAUGCCGUGAGUUCUGAACCGCUGGUCAGUGGACAGCACCAAGUGCCCCCGUCGCAGGGGGAGUCUGGACUGCACCAACAGCACCUGCAGUACCAGCAGGCGCACGCUGCAGCCUACCAGAACGCCACCUCCAUCCCCCCUGGACCAGUAUACCCCCAGCACCAUCCUCAGCAGCAGUCCUUGCCCAGUGCUUCACCACUGGCAGCCCAGCUCCCUGCCCAGUCCUACCAGCCCAUACAGGCCGGAGCCCAGCCACAGAGGACAGGAGGCAUGUCCCACCCUCAGAUGCUGCCGGCGGGUCAGAGCCCAGCUGUGGGUCUGCCAGCGGGUCAGACCCCCGCCGUGCAGAGCAUGCCCACUGUGCCGAGCGCGAUGCCCACGGUUGUCCCCGUGCAGAGUUUGCCUCAGCCGGCUGUCGCAGGACCCCAGGUUUCAGCUGGAGCUGGGCAGCACUUCUCACAGCCCCUCCAGCAGCUCGAUGCCACGCGGCCGUCUCAUGGCGCAGAGGGACAGCUCCUGACCCAGCUGCCAGUGGGAGGGGGGUCAAGCGUCUCGGAGUCAUGCAUCGUUGCCUCGCUCCCUCCCUCCUCCUCCUCAUCCUCCUCCUCCUCCUCUUCCUCUGCCUCUACCUCCACUGCCCCCUCUCUGUCCCUCCCUGUCGCCCAGCCUUUCCAGCCCCCGGUGUCGCCGCAGGCUUCUGCCCCAAACGCCCCCCUGGCCGCGCCGCUCUCAGUGGGCGAGCCCCGAGACUCCCACCCCGGGGGGCCCUACCUGCCCCAGGCUGGGGGGGUAGGAGGAGGCGGGGUCAGCCAGCAGGUGCUAUCCUCCUUGCCGCAGCCCCAGGUCCCGCCCCAGCUCACCGCCGCCCCCUUGCAGAAGCAAGACUCGCUGCACCAACACCCUCCGCAGCCCCAGCAGGCCGCGCUGAGGCCAGCCCAGGCCUUCCCUUCCCCCCAGCCCCCUCCGGCGCAGGCGGGCCUGUCCGAAUCCGGGCCCCCUCCUUCCUCGGUCGUCCACCCAGCGUUUCUUUCCCAGCCAGCGCAGCAGCUCCCCCUGCAGGGCCGGGGAGGGGUAGCGGUGGCUGCCGCGGAGUCUCUGUCCGUUGUGCCGGAUCCUGGACACACGCAGCCGUGCCCUCCACCGGCGCAGGGCCAGUUCUUCAUGGAGCAGCAGCAGGCAGGUUUACUCCACGAGCAGCAGCCCGCGCAGGCGGAGCAGCAGCCCGGGGCCUUCCUGGGGCAGCACCCGCAGCUCGCCGCGCCGCCGGCUCCCCAGGCCCUGCUGCAGACCCACGCUCCGGCCGAGCCCCGGGCUCCGGCCCUCCAGGCGGAGAAGCACCGGGCCUCCCUUCAGGCCCAGGGCUCCACCGAGACGCAGGGGCGCUCCCUCCAGGACGCCUUCCUGCAGCAGCAGGCUCUGCUGCAGCAGCAGAGAGCGUUUCCGGCGCCUUCCGGUGUGGAUGCUCAGUACCCGCAGCUUCAGCCCCAGGCCCAGGCCCAGGCUCAGAUGCAGGCCCAGUUCCGGUCGGAGCAGCUCUAUCUUAUCCAGCAGCAGAACCAGCAGCUCGCCUUCCAGCCUCAGCCCCAGCAGCCGCAGCUCCCCCUGCAGCUGCCUGAGCAGCAGCCGGCCCCCUCUCACCCGGCACAGGCCAGCCAGCAGGCUUUGCAGCAGCAGUUCUACCUGCCCCCUUCCCUGGCCCCCUCAGCGCAACCCCAGCCGCCCCAGCUCUGUCCGCAGCUGCAGGCCCGGCCCCUGCCAGACAGCCAGCAGACGGUGUAUCCCCCCCCCGUCCCUCAGCAGCAAUCUCAGCCCCCCGGCGUGGCUCAUCCAGGGCCGCAGCCAGUCCAGUUGCCACCGCAGAAGGCGCCACCCGAGCCUUCGCAGGCUGUCUCGCAACAUCAGCAGCUGGCCCAGCACUACCAGAUUCAGACGCAGGGCCCGGCGCCCCAGGCAUCGCAGCAGCAGCAGCCGCCUCUCCAGGUUCAGAUGCAGAUGCAGCAGCAGGCUUUACUGCAGGGGCAGGUCCAACGGGGGGUGCAGCCCCCCCCGUCCCCGGCCCCAGGGGUGCAGCCCGGGCAGCAGGGGGCGACACUGCUGGGGCAGGCGCAGGCGCAGGCGCAGCAGCAGCUGGCAGGGGUUCAGACACAAGGACACGUGCAGGCGGCGGUCCAGCAAGCACAGCCUCUGCCCCAGCUGCCACAGAGGCUCCCCCAAGCCCCGGCUGGAACCCAGGUGGCGACGCAACACGAAACGCCACCCCCGCCAGUUGUACAGUCAGGCCAAAUUGCCGCGCAGGCUCAGGCGCACUUGCAGCAACAGAGACGACCAUCUCAGCCUCUUGCCCACGUUGCGCAGCCGGCACCCCACGCCCCAUGCAUAGCUGAACCCCAUGCUCACCCGGCUGCGCCGUUCCAGCAGCACUCCCAGAUCCAGAGUGAGCCACAGCUGCCACACCCCCAGGCGGCUUUCAACAAGCCAGAGGCCUUACAGCCGCGACAACCUGCACAACCGCACAUUCCAGAGCAGCAGGGACCACCGCCAGCAGCACAGCAGCAUCAGCCUUUUGCCCAGCAACAUCAACCUGUUGCCCAGGAACAACAGGUCCCACAGCAGCAACAAGCCACCCAGCAGUUAGCGCAGCCAAUGCAGCAGCUAGCCCAGCAGCAGCUGUUGCAGCAGCAGCAGCAGUCCGUACAGCAUCUAUGGCAACCACCACAACAGCAGUCAGCUCCGCCAGAGGCAGUAUGUCACCUCCCACAGCAGCACGAGCUCUCGCAGCUACAGCAGCACCAACAGAAACUGGACUUGUUAAGACAACAGGAGCUCCUUGCUCAGCAGCACCAUCUACAGGGCCAAGCGGCUGAGCAGCACACUCAGAUACCUCCACAGGUGGGACUGACCCCCCAAGAGCACAGUCAAAUAGUGAAGCAGCCUCAAGCAUCCACCCUGCAAGCACCGCAAGCUCAGAUACCCCAGCAGCAGGCCCCGGUGCAGCAGCAGGCCGUGCCGCCUUUACUGUACAGCCAGGUGUUGGCAGCCCCUCCCCCAUCUUCACUGCAGCAGUCGCACGGUUUCUUAGACUUUCAGCACCAGCAGCCUGGUCUGCCAGCACAAGCCCAGGCCCAGGCCGUGGCUCAGACCUCGGGCCCGGCCGGCUGGGCGUCCCUAGACCAGCACCACCUCCCCGAGACCCAGGGAGCAACGACUGGCGGGCCUUUGCAGCCGCAGCCUGCUCUCCUCGGUCACCAAAAGCCACCUCCCGGCCCCUCGCAGUCCUACCCCAGCUACCCUCCCUCCUCCUCUUCCUCCUCCGGCCUCCUGCAGCCCGUAGGGGGCAGCGUCCUCCUGCCGGCCCCUGGGCAUUCCCCGGGUGCUCCUGCUCAGGCCGCCGCUGCGGAGCCGGUGCCCGCGGAGAAUGCAGCCGCCGCAGAGACCCUGCCCCAGUGCUCAGCGCCUCACCCUGCUUCGACUGCUAACAGCCAGCCGCCGCUCCCUCCCCCAGCGCCGGCCGCUGACCCACUGAUCCCGCCCCAGGGCCAGCAGGACGCCCCUGGCAUCCUGGGUGGUGAGCCGGUCCAGCCAGCCCAGCCAGUGAAACCAGAGACCACGCCCAGUGCUGCUCCAGGAAAUGGGGAGGAGGGGAGCUUGGCGACCAAUGGGAAGCUUGAGAAACUGAAAUCCCAGCGACGCUCGUCCUGCCAGCGGACAGAAAAAGCCACCCGCUUCCAGCUGUUCAUGCUGCAGGUCAGGCCCCCGCGGCUCUCCAGGCCCGGCCCCAGCUUUGUCCUUGGCGUUGCCUGGAUUCGUAGUGUUUUCGGCCUCCUGGGCGGAUGCGUGUGUAUUGUGUUAAGGCUUGUUCUGUUGCUGUGUUUCCAGGUGGAGGAAGACUUUGUGCUGGACCUGGAGAGGGAGAAGUUUGUGGAGGAGCUCAGGGCCAUUGUGAGCAAAGCACUGGAGAUCCUGCGCUCACGCUGCCCUCUGGUGGGAGAGGGGGACAGCAGCAGCCAGACUGGAUCGAUGGAGCAGCUCCACAUCAACCCACCUGCCCCGCCCAGUGUGGACGCUGCCCCUCAGUCCUCUCCCGUCGGCCGGUGGAGGUUCUUCAUCAACCAGACGAUUAAACACAGAGACUCCCAGUCGGCCCAGGGUGCCCCCACGCCCCCUGCUGGUUCCUCCGCAACGUCACAGCCAGCGGGGCAAGAUGCUCCCGGAACCACGGCAACGGACAAAGAUGGUGAGGGAAGUCAGCGGUCAGGGUCUUUCAGUGCAGCUGGGACAGGUGCCUCCCUCUUGCCCUCACUUUCAGCCUCUGCUCCGGCCUCCCUGUCUGCCUCUGCUGCAUCCUUGCCCACAUUCCCUUGUGCUCCUGCAUCCACUGUGGAUCUGGGUUCAGAAGAGGGAGGCGCUGGAGUAGCAGGAGAGUUGAUACCUCACCCUUCAUCUGAGGACCAGCUGCAGCCACAGCAACAGCAACAAAUUGAGCUACAACAGGAUCUACAGCUGCCUGGACAGGCACAGCCUCUUGGACAGCUGCAGCAGACGCAGCCUCUUGAACAGCUACAACAGACACAGCCUCCUGCACAGCUGCAGCAGACGCAGCCUCUUGGACAGCUGCAGCAGACGCAGCCUCUUGAACAGCUACAACAGACACAGCCUCCUGGACAGCUGCAGCAGACGCAGCCUCCUGCACAGCUGCAGCAGACGCAGCCUCCUGGACAGCUGCAGCAGACGCAGCCUCCUGGACAGCUGCAGCAGACGCAGCCUCCUGGACAGCUGCAGCAGACACAGCCUCCUGGACAGCUGCAGCAGACGCAGCCUCUUGGACAGCUGCAGCAGACACAGCCUCCUGGACAGCUACAACAGACACAGACACAGCCUCCUGGACAGCUGCAGCAGACACAGCCUCCUGGACAGCUGCAGCAGACACAGCCUCCUGGACAGCUGCAGCAGACACAGCCUAUUGGACAGCUACAACAGACGCAAUAUCUUGGACAGCUACAACAGACGCAAUAUCUUGGACAGCUGGAGCAGACACAGACACAGCCUCCAGGACAGCUGCAGCAGACACAGCCUCCUGGACAGCUACAACAGACACAGCCUAUUGGACAGCUGCAGCAGACACAGCCUCUAGGACAGCUGCAGCAGACACAGCCUCUAGGACAGCUGCAGCAGACACAGCCUCUAGGACAGCUGCAGCAGACACAGACACAGCCUAUUGGGCAGCUGCAGCAGACGCAGGCACCUGGACAGCUGCAGCAGACACAGCCUCUUGGACAGCUGCAGCAGACACAGCCUCUUGGACAGCAACAACAGGCACAGCCUAUUGGACAGCUACAGCAGACACAGCCUAUUGGACAGCUACAGCAGACACAGCCUCUUGGGCAGCUGCAGCAGACACAGACACCUGGACAGCUGCAGCAGACCCAGCCUAUUGGACAGCUACAACAGACACAGCCUCUUGGACAGCUGCAGCAGACACAGACCCAGCCUAUUGGACAGCUACAACAGACACAGCCUCUUCUACAACAGACACAGACACAGACACCUGGACAGCUGCAAGCAGAGCUGCAGCAGCAGUUUCAAGUAGAACAGCUAAAGAAAUUUCAACAUAUAGAGCUUCAGCAAUUACAACAGCAACACAUUGAGCAGCAACUACAACUAGACCAACAACAAAAAUUACAGAAUCAACAACAGCUAGAGCUGCAACAGCGAGCACAAGAAGAGCAGUUAGCACAGCAAACCCAGCAGCCGCAGUUAUCACGGCCAGAGCAGUUACUUCAGCAGCAAUCAUCGCCACUGCAGCAACAGCAGCUUCAGCUACAUUUAGAACAGCUGCAGCAAGUGACACAGCCUCAGCAACAGGUAGAGCUGCAGCAGCCACAACCACUGCAGCUGCUUACGCUGCAGUCUCAGCAACAACAAGCAGAGGCGCAGGCACAGGAAUUACAGCUGCAACAGCAGCAUUGUGCGCAACAGGCUCAGCAACAACAAGCAGAGCUGCAACCACAGCAGCGGCACCUAAUAGAGCAACAGCUACUGAAUCCACAGCCUCUGGAGCAUCGGCCGCCACUUCAGCUACAGCAGCAAGUGCACCCAGAGCCGCCUCUGCAACAACAAGAACAAGGACAAGGGCAGCUGCAGCUGCAGCAUCAGUUUCAGCAGCAGCAGCAGGAACUGGAGCUACGGCAGAGGCUGGGAAUCCAGCAGCCGCAGCAGACACAACCCCAGCAGCAGCCAGGGGAGCUGCAGUCGCUACAGCAAAAGCCUUGUGACCUCCUGCCCCAGCAGCUGCCCCGCCAGGAGUCAGUAUGUGCAUCGGGGGACGCAGACCGCGAGGACAGUGGGUCCAUACUGGCUCAGGAGAAACUUCGUGCCUCAGAGCCCUUUCUGCCACCCCUACAGGGCCUCCUUCCUGGCCUCCCUGGUGCUCCAGUUGCCAUGUCCCCUGUGGAGCCACUGGGGGGUGUGCUGCCCCAAGGCAGCCAGUCAGGCCUGACGCCUGCUUCCAUACCCAGUCCUGCCCAGCCAUCGUCCGUGGCUGAGUCCGACAGCGAGGGGCCGCCCAAGGUGGAGUUUGUAGACAACCGCAUGAAGACCCUGGAUGAGAAACUGAGGACGCUGCUGUACCAGGAGUACAGUGCCUCUGGGACCUCCCCAGCAGCUACCCCUCCCACCUCUUCUACCUCCCCCCCUCACUCCUCCACCUCUGUGACUGCCGGAGUGACGACAGCUUCUGCUGCUGCUGCCCCUGCAGGGGAGGAUGCCCUGCCUCCGCCUCCCACCCCUGCUGCCCUUCCCACCCCUUCCUCCUCUGACACAUCUCCCCACUCGUCUUCAUCUUCCACUUCCUCCUCUACUUCCUGCUCUCGUUCCUCAUCCUGCCCUGACCUCGCUGGGGUCAUGGAGGGAUCCGAAGCCACGGUGGGGAAGGUCCUGGACGCCGAGGUGCCCCCCCUUGCCCCCCCAGCUCCGCCCUCCUCAGACGCUGGGGCUGUGCAGCGCCAGCCAGCCCCCUCUUCCUCGUCCCCUUCCUCUUCCCCCUCCCCAACUGUCCACCCGCCUCCCCCAGCUCACAAAGGCACUGACCCCCUGCCCAUCGAGCCGGCUGUGUUUGCGAUCCCCCCUUGCUCCGAAGCCUCUUCCCCGGGAGACAGCGCGCCACCCACCCUCAGAGCCGGAGCACAGAAGCUGCAGGCAGGAGCUCAUUUCUGUCGUUGGUGUAACUGUUGUGGUGAUGGUGGUGAUGGUGAUGACGGCGAUGAUUUUGCCUUGCGCGUCGCUGCAGACUCCUGCGCACAGCGUCUGUGUUUGUCAGAGCAGGGAGAGCCCCGCCUCCGCUCCCAGUCCCUCACCACCGGCCGGUUCCAGGUCACCACGGUCCCCCUGAUGCCCCCGGACCAACUGGAGGAAGAGAAGGAGACGAAGGGCAGUGGGCGCCCCAGAGCUUCCUCUCAGCGGACAGCCGAGCCCCAGCGCCCACCCCAUCCAAACCUGGCGGACACCCACAAGACAGUGGGGCGCUUCUCCGUGAUGCGGGCGCAGACGUGGGACGCGGACAGCUCGCCUCUCACCCCCGAGCGUGAGGCUGGGGGCAGCAGCAGCAGUGGCGGCCAGUCUGGAAGCCCUGCUGGAGGAGGCACCCCCCUCCAGGCUGGCGCCCCGGCGUCCCGGGGGCACAGGCCCCGUGCAGAGCCGGGGGGCAAGGCUGAGGGGGAUGAGGAGGAGGAGGAGGAGGAUUUGGAGGAAGACGAGUGCGCACCUGCCUGCCCUCCCCGAGGGUACUCCCCCUCGCCCCCCAUGAGCAGCGAUGACGAGGAGUCGGAGCUGGAGGACGAGGACUUGAGGAAGGAGCUGCAGAAACUUCGAGAGAAGCACAUCCAGGAGGUGGUGUCCCUCCAGGCGCAGCAGAACCAGGAGCUGCAGGAGCUGUACCGCCAGCUGCGUCUGCUGAAGGAACACAAAAACGCCCCCUCCACUCCCCCCCCCUCGCAGUGCCUGUCUCCGCGGCGACCGCGCUCUGCCAAAGCCAAGCUGCGCAGCCGCCCGCAGUCGUUUUCGCAGACGGACAACGGGCUGGCGCACCUGGGAGUCCAGCCAUCCUGCUGUCUCUCUGGGGAGGAGUGCCGUCUCUCGAACCCCACCCCCUCGGAGGUGGAUGGCCAUGUGGGGGCGCUGGGCGGCCUGCACAGCCACAGCUGCCCCCAGGGCUUCUCCCAGCACGGACCUUUGACCUGCUCCAAUGCCCACGCCCUCCCCGCUGCAUCAGCCAAUAAGAAAGGCAUGUUCACAGAUGAGCUGCACAAGCUGGUGGAUGAUUGGACGAAAGAGACUGUGGGCAACGCCCUCACAAAGCCCAGCCUCAAUCAGAUCAAACAGAUCCAGCAGAAGCAGGAGAUUGGUGUCUGGAACCAGCCGUCUGAGAGUUCUGGUUCCGGGUGGUUCCCCGCUGGGCCCGCGGGUCACAGCUGCGGCAUGGGUAUCCCAGCAGCGCCUGUUCCUCCUGCCGUGACGCCGUUGCCCCCUCUGGCCGCCCCCUUCCCGGCAGCCCCUGGGUUCGGGCCCCCCCCCGCACACCUG